AUGAAUAGAGAAGAAGUUUUAAAGAGUAUUAACAAUCAAUGCCAAUGUCAAUUAGCUAAUUUAUCUCAUAUAUUUGAACAGAUAAAAGUUUCAUAUAAAACUGUAGAUAAUAAUAGUUGUGUGGACAAUGCAAAAGUUAAUUUAGUAGACAUUAAUUUAGACGGUAAAAUUGUAUUAAAAGAUGGGAAUAAAAUUUAUACAUAUCAUUUUGACAGUAAUGAUAUGGAGUCUAUAGUCAAAAACAAAGAAGAUGACCCGAGCAAAUUGUACGAUGUGUUCCGUAGCAUGUGUAAACUACUAUCAGAAAGAUACCAAAUUGAUCAUCAUCAAAAAGUGAAUGAAGUCAUCCCACCGAAUACUAUAUUAGAUUGGCUAGUGAUUGGAUUAGUGUGUUUACCAACUUUAUGUUAUUUAAAUAGAUCUGUAUUGCAUUAUUUAUUUGAUUGGAGUGGCUAUUUAUCAUCAGUUCUUAUACCUAUAUUAGAUAAUGAUACUGUAUUACUCACAAUAAUUAUAUUAGAGUUUGUUACACAUUCAAUUGAAACAUACAUGUUUUUGAUACCAAAAUUAAGAACACAUAAAGUACCAGAUAAAUUAUGGUAUAGAUGGAUAAUUUGGGGUAUUAUUGAAGGUUAUGGACCAGUAAGAAGAAUUGACAAUUAUUCUUCUGCUUGUGAUUGUUCUUGUUAUUAUAAUCAAAACCAGAAUCAGAAAAAAUCAACUAUCAAACCAUUAGUGGUUGUUGAUAAAGAGAAAGGAUAUUAA